UCAAAAAACUAAACACAAAGCAAUCAAAGUUCAAAAAAAAAAAACUGCGAUGCUGAAGUCUGAAACAGCGAACAAGUGGGCCCGCAGCUGCGACGCCUGCCGCUCGGCCGCGUCGGCCAUCUACUGCCUCGCGGACCAGGCGUACCUCUGUGGCAGCUGCGACGCCCGCAUCCACGACGUGGCCUCGCACCACGACCGCGUAGGGGUGUGCGAGGCUUGCGAGAGGGCCCCGGCGGCCUUCUUGUGCAAGGCCGACUCGGCGUCCCUCUGCGAGGCCUGCGACGCAGAAAUCCACUCGGCCAAUCCUCUGGCGUGCCGCCACCACCGCGUCCCGGUCCAGCCCAUACCUUACAGUUACAGCGACGAGGAAGACGAAGCGGGAUCGUGGUUGCUGAUGAAUACAAUCAGGCCGUCGUUUCUGGAUGAGUAUUUGGAUUUGGAUCUUGAGGACUAUAAUGAGUUGAGUGAGGGAUAUUCAUACAACAAUGAGCAGCAGCAAGGGCAUUGCGGUGUUGCUGCAGGGAGCAGCUAUGACGACAGCAUCGUUCCCGCUGAUUAUCACAACAAGGGAUACCAAGCUGGAUAUUCUUUUCCUGUAUCAACGGACAUUGGGAUAGUCCCGGAAUCCACAAGCGAAGCAUCAUCGAUGAAAUGCGAAGCGUCGGACAAACGAGGCACCAUCGAACUAUUCACGAGCCCCUUGAUCGAAGCCCCAAGUCAGUUGAGCCAGAUGGAUCGAGAAGCGAGGGUGCUGAGGUACAAGGAGAAGAAGAAGACGCGCAAGUUCGAAAAGACGAUAAGGUACGCAUCAAGGAAGGCGUAUGCCGAAACAAGGCCGAGAAUCAAAGGCCGCUUCGCCAAGAGGAAAACUUCGCAAGGCCAAGUUGAUCAGAUCUUCUCUUCGCACCCGGAUAAUGCAUACGGCGUCGUUCCCUCCUUCUGAUCUCUCAUUCUCUUAUUUGCAAUAGCCUCCAUAUAUAUCUGCUUGCUUCCUUUGUCACUUGCCUUGUGUAUAUAUAUACUGUGUGUUUUUGUCAAGUGACUUUUCACUUCUAAUCUUCUAUAUUGUUAUUUGUUACUAGAUCA